AUUUGAAAAAUGAUCUUAAUUUGUGUGUGUGUGUGCAGAUGGUCUGAAGCCUCUGCUGCCCCCCCAAGUCAGAGAGCAGGUAGACAAGCUGGUUCCCCGGCAGUGCUUUAGCCUCAGCUAUGACCUGGCCUGUGACAGGCUGUGCAGCGACUUCCAGGAGGACAUCAGCUUCCACUUCUCCAUGGGCUGGACCAUGUUGGUCAACCGCUUCCUGGGGGCCAAGAACACUCGACGGGCCCUCAUGGGCUACAAUGACCAGGUCCCCCGGCCCCUGGCUCUGACCCCUGUCAGCAGCAGCAUGCCCCCCUUCCCCCAGGGCUCCGUGACCCAGGAGGAGCUGAUGGUCUCCAUGGUGACUGGUCUCGCUUCCCUCACCUCACGUACUUCCAUGGGUGUGCUAGUCGUUGGUGGCGUGGUGAGGACGCACAUCUGGAAGGCGGUGGGCUGGCGUCUGAUCGCCCUGUCAGUGGGUCUGUACGGACUCCUCUACAUCUACGAGCGGUUCACCUGGACCACCAAGGCCAAGGAGAGGGCCUUCAAGAGACAGUUUGUGGACUACGCCAGCGAGAAGCUGCAGCUCAUCGUCAGCUACACUGGCUCCAACUGCAGCCACCAAGUGCAGCAGGAGCUGGCCAGUGUGUUUUCUCAGCUCUGCCAGCAGGUGGAUGUGACCCGGCAGAACCUGGAGGACGAGAUGACUGACAUGAACACCAAGAUUGAGCUGCUGGACAGCCUGCAGAGCAAGGCCAAGCUGCUGCGGAACAAGGCCGGCUGGCCC